AUGGCAGCAGUACCUGCCCACGUACCGGGAGACUGCCAAAACUGGUUCCGUUUCGAACGCUUGUCGAAUUGGGCGGUCCGGUCGAAGCACAGGAGGUCGUUCCUUCGCAACCCAGACCGGUUCGACGGCGAAGAGCAGCCGGCCCCGGGGGCUGCUUGCAGCACAAGAUGCCCGGUUGAAACGUUCGUUGGAAGAGAAACCUGGCCUCAAAUACUUGAAUGCUGCGCCAAGAGCAGGCAUUCCAACUCUCUCAGAUCUGCAGCAACAAGGAAAACUUGUGUCCCCAUCACAUCCGCCAUGGCUUCCUUCAAGGUCCUGGUUGCCCUCCUGGCCCUGGCCGCCGUCGCUGUCUCUGCCCAGAACAGCACUGGCCCCACGGGUGCCCCCAUGGGUUCCACGGCUGCUCCCAUGGGUUCCACAGCUGCCCCUGCUGGCAACAGCUCCGCCCCCGCUAUCACUGAUGCUGACAUCCUGCAGUUCGCUCUCAACCUGGAGUACCUCGAGGCUGAGUUCUACUCAUGGGCUGCCUUCGGCCAGGGUCUCAGCGCCGCCGAUGCUGGCAAUGGUCCCGCCUCUGUCGGAGGCCAGAAGGCCCUCCUCUCCCCCGCUGUCCAGGCCUAUGCCACCGAGAUUGCUAACGACGAGAUCAACCAUGUGCGCUUCCUGCGCUCUGCCCUGACCGCUGCUGGCGCCACCCCUGUGGCCCGCCCCCUCAUUAACAUCGGGACCGCUUUCGCUGGUGCCGCCAACCUGGCCCUCUCCGCUGCCCUCAACGGCUCCAUGCUCUCCCCUGCCUUCUCCCCCUAUGGCUCUGACGUUGUCUUCCUGCACGGUGCCUUCAUCUUCGAGGAUGUUGGUGUGUCUGCCUACUCUGGUGCUGCCCCCGCCAUCACCAACAAGGCUUACCUGGCGCCCGCCGCCGGCAUCCUGGCCGUUGAGGCUUACCACGCCGGUAUUGUUCGCCUGGCACUCUCCCAGAUUGGCAACCAGUACGUGUUCCCCUAUGGUGCCCCCGUGACCACCAUUGUCAACGCCAUCUCUGCGCUCAGGGGUGCCGUUGGCGGCGGCAACGACGUUGGCAUUACCCGCAACGGCACUCUCCAGCUGGUGUAUGCCACCAACGACACCUCCAUUGCCUAUGCCAGGACCCCCGCCCAGGUGCUGUCCAUCGUGUAUGGAGGCAACAUGACCGGCGGGCUCUUCUUCCCCAACGGUCUGAACGGAAACAUCAAGUAGAGACUGGAUUUUCCUGUCUGCAUGCUUCGCAUAGGGCUGGCUCCUACCGCUUAUAAGGGGGUCGAUAGGGACGCUGAGGUGAACUAAGCUAGCCUCGCUUUUUUGACCCAGAUGGCACAACUGAUAGGGCAACUAGAUAAGAUUUCUUGACAAUAAUGCUUAAUUUAUUGGAGUGGUAUCUGUUCAUAAGGUAGGGGUCAGUUUUGUCUUCAACCUUGUUACACCCCGAUCAUUUCUCGUGAUAGAUGUCAUGUUCCGACUCUCUAACCUGAUCAGAAUUGAGCUUCCUUCAUCC